AUGCGCAGAUCUCAGGCGAGUCCCACCAAGGUGGCAAUUCUCCAAACUGUGAAUCUCCAUCUGCUGGUCUUCGGUUUGGGAUGCAUAUACGGCAUGACUGGAGCGACGCUCAUCGAUCUUGGCGAGGGAUAUUCCACGACCUCAACGACUGUUUCCUUCAUCAUCACGACUCGAGGGUUGGGCUCCAUCUUGCUAUGUCUUCUAGCCGGUACAGUUUUCCGGUUUUUCAACAUGCAGCAGGUGAUGAUCCUUUCCCUGAUAGUGCUGGCGAUCGGAGAGGGAGCAACGCCUUUACUGGGAAGCCUGACCGCCUGCCACAUCUGCACUUUCCUCGUCGGAGGCGGCAUUGGACUCGUCGAGGCGGGCUUGAACUUCUGGAUCUUCGCAAUAUGGAAGGAGAAGAGUGGACCGAUUUUCCAGCUCCUCAAUUUCUGCUCCGGAUUCGGGGGAGUCGCUUCGCCUCUGCUGGCGGCCCCAUUCCUAAAAGCAGUCGAAAUCCCAGUGAAUGUCUCGAUGGCCGAGCCUCCAGAGACUGGAAUCCCACUUCCGGCGGAAGUAACGAGAGUCUUCAUACCCUAUCUGAUGGUCGGAGGAGUCUUCGCCGUCGCUGCGAUUCUAUUCAUCGCUUCUUUUGUGAUGGACAGGUCGAAUAUCGGUGUCAGCGACGCCGAGGCCAACGACUCCUGUUGCUCUCGACGGUUGCAACAGCUGAUGAUUGCGAACUUUUGCUUCUACGCUCUCGCGAACGUGAGUCUGGAACAGACUUACGUUUCUAUGCUCGCGCUGUUCGUCGUCCAGCACCUCGGCUUCAGCAAAUCUAACAGCGUCUACCUAUCGGCUGUUUUUUGGACCUUCUUCACGGCGAGUCGUGUCGUUGCAACGAUCGCCUCAUUCAAAAUGAGUCCUCAUAGUAUGUUGGUCGUUUCUCAUGCACUUGUGCUUCUUCCGGCCGGUGCCAUGUGCCUCUUCGUGGAGUCAGCUACAGAAGUGAUUUGGAUCUGUACCGCGGUCCUGGGUUUCGGGGCUUCCCCGCUUUUUCCCUCGUCGUUCACUCAUCUGCAGCAGUACGUUCAUUUGAGUCAGAGCCAUUCAGCGAUGAUCAUGAUGUGCGUUUGCAUAGGGGCGAUGCUGCCCCCUGUACUGGUCGGCCCCUUCAUCGACGACAGACCCAUCGCGUUCGUUUACGUCAUUUUUGCGCUCGCAGUCCUUUCGGCGACCGCUUUCGUGACCUCGCUGAUCCUGAAACAAGGCAAGGGUAUGAGGCCCUCGAUGAUGCGAAAACAAUCUCCUUCAGGAGUAGCAGAAGAAACAUCUUCUGAUACGAAGACCAAGUCGGUUCGGCUGUAA